CGGCGCUGCGCUGCGCUCUCCUCCUCCUCCGCCUCCACACGACGCGGCGCUUCGCCCUGCGCGGACUUUUGCCCCCCCCGACUCCCCCAGAGGUGAAGAUAAGCCGAACGGCGCCGGAGCCGCGUCGACAUGUUUUCACCGAAGUCGCCCAAAAAGCCGCCCAAGCGCGUCCCCGAGUCGUCCGCGGAGCGGAUCCGCAUGGUGGACUGCGCCUGUACGCCGGACUGCACCUGCGGGCCCUCGGAGUGCCCCGGCGGGGGGCUGUGCGCGCGGGAUCCGCAGGAGAAUGGCCUCCGCGUCGACCAACGCGGCCUCGACAACUUGGCCUACGAGUACGGGAGUCAGCGCGAGCUCCGUCCUCCACCCAAAACAGCCUCCACCGCCACAUUUAAACUCCUGGGACUCGGCGCCGGGCACCAGGCCCGGGCCGUCGAGGGCGGAGUCUGCGGCCUGGACGGAGUCCUCGCCGCCAGCUUGUCGUCGCCCAGCGGCUUGGCCAAAGUGCACUACGACGCCGCCGCCGUCACGACCAAAGACAUCGCCCUGCAGCUCCAGAGGCUGGGACUGGACGCGGAGUCGGCGGCGCGGGUCAGGGUGGACGGGAUGCGCUGCCAGUCCUGCGUGCAGUCCAUCGAGGGACGGAUCGGCGCUCGACCCGGGGUGUCCCACAUUCGGGUGUCCCUGCAGGACGCCGCGGCGCUGAUUGUGUAUCGACCUCUUCUGGUGAGCCGGCAGGAGCUGAGGGGCGCCAUAGAGGAGAUGGGUUUCGGUGCCUCGCUGUCAGACGACGACGACGACGACGACGCAUCUGCGCGUGACGUCGCCUACUGGCAGCGUGACGCGUCCAUCGCCACCGUCACCAUUCGGAUCGCGGGGAUGACUUGCAACUCGUGCGUGCAGUCCGUGGAAGGGAGGAUCUCCCAGGUGACGGGAGUGCAGUCCAUCGCCGUGUCACUGGAGGAGGGGAAGGGAACGGUGACCUUCGACCCCGGCCUGACGGAGCCGGAGCUGCUCAGGGCAGCUGUCGACGACAUGGGCUUUGAGGCGUCGCUCGAAGAACCUGCAUCUGCAAAGUUCCUCCAGCCACGUCCAAAGUCCAGGCCCGUUGCCUCCGGACCUUCUGGCCUCUCGGACUCGCAGCCGCCCGUUCAGGCGCCAGUCAACAGCGGCGCCGGAUCACAGGCGACGCCUGGAAGCCCGACCAAAGCGCAGAAAUGCUUCAUCUGCGUGACGGGGAUGACCUGCGCCUCCUGUGUGGCCAACGUUGAGAGGAACCUGCACAAACACAGAGGGAUCCUCUCGGUGUUGGUGUCACUCAUGGCCGGAAAGGCGGAGGUGAAGUACGACGCGGAAGUCCUGGACGCCGCGGCCGUGACUCGGCUCAUAGAAGACUUGGGCUUUGGCGCCAAGCUGAUUGAGGACCACGCAGGAACGGACGGGAAGCUGGACCUCACGAUAACGGGCAUGACGUGUGCAUCAUGUGUGCACAACAUUGAGUCCAAGCUCGCCUCCACCAAAGGGAUCAUCGUGGCCUCCGUCGCCUUGGCGACCAAGAAAGCCCGGAUCCAGUUUGACCCCGAAGUGCUGGGAGCUCGAGAUAUCACCAAGAUCAUUCAGAGUCUCGGAUUCGAGGCCAGUCUGGUGAAGGCGAGCUUCCGAAACAACCUGGAUCACACCGAAGAAAUACGACAGUGGAAGAACUCCUUCCUUCUCAGCCUGGUCUUCGGCCUGCCCGCCAUGGGCCUCAUGAUCUACAUGAUGGUGAUGGACAGUCAGCACCAGGAACACGGAGGCUCAAUGCCGCAGGAGCAGAACCUGCUGCCCGGCCUCUCCCUCCUCAACCUGGCCUUCUUCCUGCUCUGCACGCCUGUGCAGAUCUUCGGAGGCCGAUACUUCUACAUCCAGGCGUACCGCUCGCUGAAGCACCGCACCGCCAACAUGGACGUGCUCAUCGUGUUGGCCACCUCCAUUGCCUACAUCUACUCCUGCGUGGUCCUGGUCGUAGCCAUGGCCGAGCGAGCCGGCCAGAGCCCCGUCACCUUUUUCGACACUCCGCCCAUGCUGUUUGUGUUCAUCGCGCUGGGCCGAUGGCUGGAGCACGUCGCAAAAGGUAAAACCUCCGAGGCGUUGGCCAAAUUAAUGUCACUUCAAGCUACUGAUGCCACUGUGGUCACUUUGGGGCGAGACCACUCCGCCAUCAGUGAGGAGCAGGUGGUGGUGGAGCUGGUCCAGCGGGGAGACAUCGUGAAAGUCGCUCCGGGAGGAAAGUUCCCCGUGGACGGGAGAGUGAUUGAGGGAAACUCCAUGGCUGACGAGUCCCUGAUCACAGGGGAGCCGAUGCCCGUCGGUAAGAAGGUGGGCAGUUUGGUGAUUGCCGGCUCCAUCAACGCCCACGGUGCUCUCCUGGUGGAGGCCACCCACGUGGGGUCCGACACGACUCUGUCUCAAAUCGUUAAGCUGGUGGAAGAGGCCCAAACCUCAAAGGCCCCCAUCCAGCAGUUUGCAGACCGCCUCAGCGGCUACUUCGUGCCCUUCAUAGUUCUGGUCUCGCUGCUGACGCUGGUGGCGUGGCUGGCAAUCGGGUUUGUCAACUUUGACAUUGUGAGGGAGAACUUCCCGGUAGGUGCGGCUCACACAUCUCAAGACGAGGUCAUCGUCCGCUUUGCCUUCCAGGCCUCCAUCACCGUUCUGUCCAUCGCCUGCCCAUGCUCUCUGGGGUUGGCGACCCCGACAGCCGUCAUGGUGGGCACGGGGGUCGGAGCUCAGAACGGGAUCCUUAUCAAAGGGGGCGAGCCGCUGGAGAUGGCCCACAAGAUCGACGUGGUGAUGUUCGACAAAACCGGCACCAUCACGUACGGCGUUCCUCGGGUGACCCGGGUGCUGGUGCUGUGGGAGGUGGCCCGCAUGCCCCUGAGGAGGAUCCUGGCGUUGGUCGGCACAGCGGAGGCCAGCAGCGAGCACCCGCUGGGCGCGGCCGUGGCCAAGCACUGCAAACAGGAGCUGGCCAGUGAGCUGCUGGGCUGCUGUCAGGACUUCCAGGCCGUUCCCGGCUGUGGGAUCAGCUGCCGGGUUUCUAACGUCGAACAUCUGCUGCCGCACCCGACCGAAGAGCGCUUCGCCGUGCCGGGGGCCACCACCGACGAGAGCAGCCUGCCCGCCGCCGCCGAGCCCCCGCCUGCAGGCGAGCCUCCGUCCUACUCCGUCCUCAUUGGGAACCGGGAGUGGAUGAGGAGGAACGGCCACCACAUCGGCGAGGACGUCGACGCCGCCAUGUCCAGCCACGAGACGAAAGGACAGACCGCCAUACUGGUGGCGAUAGAUGGUGUGCUGUGUGCCAUGUUGGCCAUCGCGGACACGGUGAAGGCGGAGUCGGCGUUGGCGGUGCGCACGCUGCGCGGCAUGGGCAUCGAGGUGGUGAUGAUCACGGGGGACAACAGGCGCACCGCGAAAGCCAUCGCCGCACAGGUGGGCAUCGGGAAGGUGUACGCCGAGGUGCUGCCGUCGCACAAGGUGGCCAAAGUGCAGGAGCUGCAGGAACGAGGCCGGCGGGUGGCCAUGGUGGGGGACGGCGUCAACGACUCGCCCGCCCUCGCCCGGGCCGACGUGGGCAUCGCCAUCGGCACGGGCACCGACGUGGCCAUCGAGGCGGCCGACAUCGUCCUCAUCCGAAACAACCUGCUGGACGUGGUGGCCAGCAUCGAGCUGUCCAAGAAGACGGUGCGGCGGAUAAGGACCAACUUCGUCUUCGCCCUCAUCUACAACCUCGUAGGGAUCCCCUUCGCCGCAGGUGUGUUCAUGCCCGUCGGCGUGGUGCUGCAGCCCUGGAUGGGCUCCGCCGCGAUGGCCGCCUCGUCCGUCUCGGUGGUCCUGUCGUCUUUGAUGCUGAAGAUGUACAAAAAGACCUCGGUGGAGGUGUACGAGGUGCGAGCGCUGGGCCUCGCGAGGAGCCUCCGCUCGUCGCUCAUCAGCACACACGUGGGUCUGGACGCCGACCCGGCCGUCCAGGUGCCGACCACGAACUCGGUCCAGGGCCGGGGGCGCCACUCGCGCCUGGACCACCAGGCCGCGGACGACCUGAACGUGCUGUGAAGGGAAAAGGGGAAGAAGCGCUCCGGCGUCGCGCGGUUUCUCCUCUGGAGGAAGUCGUUUUCUGUGUAUUUAUGUAAAUACUGCUACGGUCGUCUCUGGGGACAACGAUCCAGAUUUUUAUAAAGGAAAAUGUCAAAGAAUCAAGCUGCUAAGGGGAAAGUACCAUUGAAGCGUUGUGUCAUUUUCUGCAUUUUUGUCUCCUUCUUCCUCGCCAGCAGCAACAUAAAUCUCGCGACGUGAAAUGGGUUUAUUUGCGUGUACAAAUUGCUUUUACAAUAUAGUCAAAGUAAAGCCAAAGUGUUUGGAAUAGACUGUCGUUGUGAGAGAGUCUGGUUAUAAAUAAUGCAUAAGCACAUGUCCACGCUGUAGACUGGGUGUUUCUGUCUGUUUCAGCGAAACUGAUUCUGCGCUUUGUUUUUUGGAAAUCUGUCUUUCCAGCAGAGAGGGAAGGAAUUCUUGGAAGAUUCAUCUCGGCUGUUAUUUAUAGACGUGGACGUUCUGGACUUUUCUUACCAAUGUAUUUUGAGCCGGGCCAGAGGUAAUUAAUGGAUUAUAUUAAUCAAAUGAUUCAUGGACCAGAAGCAUUAGUUCCCUAAAAGAUAUAUAGCUUUUUGGGGUAUAAAUAUGACUUGUUCUAAAAGACCUUUUUCACUGCCGGCAGUUUUUCACACGUGGAAGCAGGUGUGAUUUAUCUUUAUAGAUCUGCGAGCACUUGAAGCCCCUUUUGAGCUACGCGUUGUCUCUGCGUCGAAUGGCUCUUUGCAUUCCUUCUAGUUCUACCGAUGCUGCGUGUACAUUGUUGCACAGCUUCGUUUUGGUUCUGUGGUGCAAGGUUUGGAAAAAAAAGGGGAUGCAGGGUGACAGAUUGAAUGUCUGCUGUUGUCGUCGUCUCUGUGUUUCUUCUGGUUCGUGUUUUGAUAAAACUUUUGUUUUAGAGCUUUUCUGUUUGUGUUUUAGGAUGCAGAUCAUAGAGUAGACAUUGUCUUUUGAAUGAAGAUCCCACAGCAAGUCCAGUCUUGUCUUUUAUUUAGCUCACUGAGAAUCUAUUGGUCGGCUUCUUCUGUUUUUAUUUGAUUCAUGAAUGUGGAUUUAGCUCUAGAACUUGCGUUAUUCUAUGGGGACAGAUUUUACUGUUGGUUUGCAUUGUGUAAAUCACGACUUGAGCCUAAUAGCUUGUCAUAAUGUAUUUUACAGCCGUGUUCUAUAGGGGCGCAGCACCCUGGGGAGUCCUUUGACGGCUCCGCUAUGAAUCUGUAAUUCUGCUGCCUACAUCGGAGAGCAUCCUUACAAAAAUAACCCCAGACAAGUCCGACAGUCAGACGUUUAGAAAAAACCCCUGACAGAAGGUGUUCGCUUCGUUUAUUUAUUUAGUUAGAAGAAUAUCUAAGACAGAGAGAACGCACAACUGUCCAAUCCGUGGAGGUGCGUGCCCUUGACUUUGACAGCACGAGGGUGCAAAUCCUCCAAUAACCAGGAAAGUCAAAGAGGAUCAAGUCAGCCCUCCAUCUAAGCUGACGAUGCCCAAUUAGAGCUCCGGAGGGAGGAGGACUUUUCCUGAGGGCAAAUAUAACAAGAGGCCUUGAACCGGUCCGGAGGAAGGAUGCAUCUCUUUCUGGUUUGUGAGCUUGAGAAAGGGUUUGUGUCACUUAAUUUAAACAUCUGCACACAUGACGCCACAGGAGUGAAAACACCUGGCUGGAGAUAAGACCCGAGAACAGCUGGAGGAGAAAGGGGUUAGAAUCCUAUAAUACAUUUUACUCUGCAGAGGAAACUUGGCACUGAUACCGUUGUAUUUGAUUCCCACAAAUAUAAAGUGGUUUAUUUGCCCUCAGAGACCCAUAUAGAGGGACGGGGGGAAACGUUCAGCUGUGUGAUCAGGGCAGCUUGGAGCCUUAUGACAGAGGCACCAAAUGCCCACUAAUGUAUCACACGUUUACAACCACAUCGAGGACCGGAAAACUGCACCUGAUCCAAUCACGGGGGCAGCCGCCCUGCUCAAUUGCAUCAGGUGUGUGCGAGCUGCUCUAAAUCAGUGAGGACCCCACACGAGGAACACCACGUCAUGAACUUCCAUCGGGGCGUCACCUUCAGCAGGAGGUGAUUCACGCGAAGCGUCUGUGUACCUGUUGCCUUUUGACGCUUUGAUUCACCGCGCGUUAGUGAAGGAAGAAAUGAACAUUGAAAGCUGCUGUUGGUGGUGAGGUUGUUUUCAUUUUCAAAACUACUUUGUCAUCGGGUGUUUUGGGGAAAUGAAUCUCACUGGCGUGAUUUGUGUUGUUUGAUUAAGUACCUGACAUUCUGCCCACGAAAUGAACCAUUUUAUUUUGUCUGUGGUACCGUGUGUCUCACAACACAUGUGUCAUGGCUGAGAGCUAAAUUAGACACUAAAUAAUGACUGAACCUUGAAAAGAGGCCCGAUCCCGACUGGCUUCGGACAGUGAAACCUACUGGGGAUGUUUUCUGGUCAUUGAGGGGAGACGGCGGAUGACCUUGGUGUAAUAUGCAAAUGCACUAAAUCUCCAUAAUGAUUGCACACCAUUAAUCACACUCCGCAGAUUCCAAUUAGCAUGCUGAAAAUCAACAAAACCCUUGAAUCAUUUAGGGGGAGAUUUUUGUUUUUGAGAAUUGAGGAGGAGGUUUGCGAUUGCUGAGAGCUGUGGCACCAAUCUGCUUUAAUCAGCGGCUCUAUCCUGCUCUGUUGUGUUUCAAUAUAAUAAACAGUCAUAUCUCCA